AUGUCGACCAACCUGCGUCGACAGAUUUCCCUGGCAGUACACCGACUGAAGAACAAUCUCCAGGAAGCAGAGCAGUUGCCAAAGCUUGCUGAUAUCGAAACCUUCGAUCGCGAAGAGCUCGAAGAAGUCACGGAUGACUUCGCCAAUCUGCACGUCUCCCUGUGCAACGACUACGACCGCAUCAUGACCAACAACAUCAAAUGGUCUAAGCUGAUUGAUGCACAACCAGAAGAAGCUUCAACUCAAGCCCUCUACAAAAAAGAGAAAGGUGACUACCUUGCCACCGCAGAACAAGUCAGGCCUACGCUGGCCAGUAUCGCCGACUUGUUGACGAAAGUUCGACACCUCUACGAGUCAAAGUUCCCUGACUUCGACUACGAAUGGCCAGAAUUGUACAGCCUGAAGGCAUCGAGUGCCACGCCUUCUGGUUUGACCACACCGACGUCUGUUCCCGUCGUGCAACAACUGGAUGCAGCUCCUGUUUAUAUGCUGCCGAUCCCACCGCCGCCGCCGCCACCGCCGCCGCCGCCGCCGCCGCCGCCACCAUCACCGCCACCGCCGCCGCAGCUACUACCUCUGCAGCCGCCGCCGAUUCCGUCAACCCUACCAGGAUCCCAGUACGUUUCUUCAUUUCAUUCUUUUCCUUUUGCACCGCCACCGAUGCCGAUGUACCAGCUGCAAACUGUGCAGCCUGCCCCGACGCCACCACGCAACAACGUUUUGUUGCCUCAAAUCAAGUUUCCGAAUUUCGACGGUGACAUUCUUCAAAACAACGAGUUCCGCGAAAGAUUUGAGUCAUUGGUCGGAAGGCAAAACUACGACGCCAACAUCAAAUUUCACUACCUGAAAUGCUGUUUGCAAGGCACAGCUGAAGAGCUGUUGCGAGGUAUCCAGACCACAGACGCCAACUACCCAAUCGCGCUUGAGCUUCUCGAUCAGACGUACGGUGGAGAACUCAGAACCCGUCAAGCGCUCAUUGCCGAAUUCCAGAUGCUACCGAGCAUCAAAAACUCGAAAAGCCCUCGAGAAUUGCAAUCUUUUUGGCAAAAGGUUGCAGCACUCGUCCGUCAGCUCCAAGUCAAUGGAGAUGACUGCAACAAUUCCAUGACAGUGGCCUUCAUUGAGACGAAACUCCCAAGACAUGUGCUCGCUCGAUUGUACAACGCAAGAGCAACCCGUCAAUCACUAUCUACGACCGACCUGCUCCAUGAACUGUACAUGAUCGCUCAAGAUGAACUUCAAAUCGACCUCAUUUUCAACAAUUCCGGUUUCCAUCGAGACCGCGAUCGAUAUACGACAACGAUGGCCACGAACGUCACUCAGCGCCAUCCAGGAAUGCCUCAGCAGCGGCAAAAUUUUUCUUCUCACUCUCAUGAAAAUCGAGAACGUGGAAAUCGAUUUGCAAGAGAAGAAAAUCGGUCGAACGGACAGACGGCACGGCUUCCAAAGAGUCCUUGCCCCUUGUGCAGCGCUCAACACAACCUUCACUGGGCUCUCAACUGUCCUUCCUAUCCUUCUGCCGAAGAAAGAAGGACUGCCGCUCGCCAGAAGAAGUUGUGUUUUCUCUGCCUGAAAAGAGGUCAUGACUCUCGGCACUGCAGGUCAGGAAAAAACUGCAAAACUUGCCAAGGCCCUCAUAGUUUUGUACUUUGCCUGAAAACAAAGAAAAACUUGGUCAACAGCCGAGACGAGUCGACUCCCCGACAGCAGUCCACUCAUCGCCCAGAGCAGCGGAGUACUGAACGCCCACGUCGAGCUCAAGUUCACUUGAAUUUUGUGAACGACAUCGCUGAAGACGACGACGAAAUCAACUUUGAACAGGUCUUUGACGACCGGGAAAACCCUGUUCUUACGGUUGCAACAAACGAAGUUCUUCUAACCGUCCCUGACCCAGAAGUUCAAGUCGAAAGACCUAACGAAGCGUCAAAAUCCAUCAUCAUGAUGAGCAAAAAGGUUCAAGUACUCGAUGCCCAAGGAAACCAUCAUGACUCGAUGCUUCUCAUCGACAGCGGCUCCAACCGAAGUUUCAUCUCUCAACAGCUUGCGAAGAAACUACAGCUCCAGCCCAUUGACCAAGUCACACUCAAUCUUCAAACCUUCGCCAAUGAGAAAAAGACUCUGAUGACCAAUCGUUAUAACCUUUCUAUCGGUCUGGGAAGCGAGACGGUCCAAGUUCCAGUCACUGAGAUCGACAAAAUCGCGACGCUCAUCGUCACUGCGGACAUCAACACCGAACUCGAUGAUGGCUCCUUCGACGUCAUGGAAUUCGAGAUGCUUAGCUCCGUCGAUAGGAAAAUUAUCGAUCCAGACAUUCUGAUUGGACUCGAUACAAUGGUGCAAGUGUUAGGGACAGAAACCUCCAUGACUACUCUGAACAACGGACUCUCCCUUCAUCAAACAAAAAUCGGGCCAAUAAUCUCAGGAACGGAGUCUGCAGUUCAUCUCUCUCAAGCUUUGGACAGCAUCGAGCAGAAGGGACUAUCAACUCAUCAUCAUCCACAUGAGCAGUAUCAAGAACUGAACGAUUCCCUGGAAAAAUUUUGGAGUUUGGAGUCCAUCGGCGUCCACGAAAACACCGUCAUGAAGACCGACGACUUGGCAGUCCAAUUUUUUGACUCGACAGUGAAGCAAAACGAAGAUGGUCGUUAUGUCGUGCGCCUGCCUUACCUGAACGACCCAACCGGCUUGCCGACAAACAAAGAGCUAGCCUACCACCGCUUACAGUCAACAACUAAAAAGCUAGCUAAACAUCACGAUCUCCUCAAGAGAUAUGAUCAAGUCAUCUGUGACCAGUUGGCAAGAAACUUCAUCGAAGUCGUGGACGAUGAGAAGAAGGCCGAUGGAGAUAUCGUACACUACAUUCCACAUCACUGCGUCACCAGUGAUAGCAAAUCAACAAAGCUGCGAAUCGUCUAUGAUGGAAGCGCUCAGAAAAGCCUCGCUUCCAAGUCCAUCAACGACAUGCUCCACAUAGGACCGUCUCUACUACCUCAACUGGCUGGAGUUCUGCUACGAGCGAGGAAACACAAAAUCCUCGUCGUUUCCGAUCUGGAAAAAGCGUUUCUUCAAUUGGAACUUGAUAUCCGAGAUCGUGAUGCCACUCGAUUCCUCUGGACGCCGAACAUUGGAGAAAACCCAAGAUGCUAUCGAUUUUGCCGCGUACCUUUUGGCCUUCGAAGCAGCCCCUUUCUUCUGAACGCAACGAUCAAAAAGCAUCUACAAUCACUGAAAGAUCCCAUCGCACCCGAAAUCCUUCGAAAUUGCUACGUCGAUAACAUUUUUUAUGGAGCCGACACCUACGAAGAAGGAACAAUCUUCUACCGAAAGUCAAAGAAGAUUUUCAACGCAGCCGCAAUGAACCUUUGUCAAUUUACUUCCAACGACGAAAGUCUGAACGACUUCUUCGUGGAUGCUGAAAAGAAACCGAAGGAAAAAUGUGACCAGAAGCUUCUUGGUAUCCUCUGGAAUACGGAAAAGGACACCAUUUCUGUUUCCUUGCCUCUUGUGCAACAAGGACUUCUCACGAAACGACGAGUUCUUCAACAAACGGCAUCCGUGUACGACCCGCUUGGGCUUCUUACUCCGGUUGCUCUUUCGAGCAAAUUGUUCUUUCAACAACUCUGGAAGACGACGAGCAGUUGGGACACACCGCUGACCCCUGAAGAAACGAAACACUGGAGUUCGAUAAUGAAAAAUUGGCAAGGCGAUGCCAUCGAAAUACCACGACGGUACUUCAAGCACAGCCUACUGGGCGAAAACCUGGAACUUCACGUCUUCUCCGAUGCCUCAAAAGACGCGUUUGGUGCGGUAGCAUAUCUCCUGCAGACCUCGGACGAACAGCGACAAUCGUCCAUCGUCAUGUCGAAAUCCAGAUUGGCACCGCUGAAGAAAACCUUGAGCAUUCCGCAGCUUGAAAUUCUUGGCCUUCAAACUGCGGCUCAACUCGCCACAUUUCUACAUGCUGAACUCGACCUGAAAAUCUCUAAGACGUUCAUCUGGACCGACUCCCAAUGUAGCUUGGACAUUCUUCGAUCGACAAAGCAGAAUACCGUCUUCUUUCGCAACCGCGUGACCAAAAUCAAGGAAAUUUGCAAAGGCACGAGCUUCGCUCAUGUUCAAGGAAAAGAGAACCCGGCUGAUCUACUCACGCGCGGCUGUGACCUCGAAGAACUUCGCAACAAUCAACUUUGGUGGAAUGGUCCAGAGUUUCUGAAGCUUCCAGCAAUACCAACUCCGCACGUCUUCACAUCGGCUGACGAUGAAAACGUCUUGGUUCAGGCCAUCUCAACGAACACAGAAGAGCUGCUUCUGGAUCCCACUCGAUUCAGUAGCUUCCACCGCCUGGUCCGAAUCGUCAUGACUGUGCUCUACUUCGGAACCCGACGAAAACUUCCGCUUCAACAACACAAUCGCAACGCGAUUCGUCAAUUGUUACGACUUGCUCAACUGAUUGAUCCUCCCGACGAAGACAUGAUCCAUUCUCUCAAACUUUUCAAAAAAGACAACAUGUGGUACUUCCAUGGGAGGGUCCAGCAGAAACUUCUGAUUUUUCUGCCAAAGGGCCACAUUGCUCAGUUGUUCGUGCGAUGGAUCCACGAGCGCUACCAACACUCCAGUCCGAUCUACACUCUAAGCAAGGUCAGAGAAGAAGUAUGGAUUCCCCGCGGACGUAACUUGGUCACAAAGGCUGUGAAAGCAUGCUACGGCUGCCGCCGUACCUCUCUGAAACCAUUUCAUCAGCCAGACUUUCCUCCUUUUCCUGACAGCCGAACCUCCGUCCGACCGCCGUUCGAACACUCAGGAGUCGACUACGCUGGCCCUCUGAAAAUCUCCAAAGACGGCUCCCCUACUCAGUGCUGGAUCAUACUCUUCACGUGCCUGUCGACUCGAUUCAUCCACUGUGAAGCCGUUCUGGACUUAUCAGCAACCACUCUUCUGAUGGCACUACGUCGCCUCAGCGCGUUUUUUGGAACUCCAAAAACUUUACUGAGCGACAACGGUCGACAGUUCGUCCUACUCAACGACGCUCUUCGGGAGGCAGAGAAGCAAAAUCAAUCUGCAAGGUUGAACUCGACCUCCUUUCCGACUUUUCGAUUCAUCCCAGCUUUUUCACCAUGGGCUGGCGGAACGUAUGAACGCCUCAUUGGACUAGUGAAGACUUCGCUCCUCCGGGCAGGGGCCAACCGAGCUCUACUCAAUUACGAAGAAUUCCGAACCCUGCUCGCGGAAUCCUCUGCAAUCGUCAACGAUCGACCCAUAACGUACACCUCUUCCGACGACGACGUCACUCCGUUGAGACCGUGCAACAUGGUUCUCCCAACAUGUCAUCGUGAAAGCUUGCUCUCGCUUUCUGAAGAAGUCCACUUCGAAGAACUUCCUCGAAAUAGAGAUCAACUGCUGGAAACGUGGAUGCGCACGUCUUCAAUAACAGAAAGUUAUCAGCGUCGCUGGGCCACCGAAUACCCUCAAGUCCUACAAGAACGACGGUCUUUCGAGCACCGUCAAGGACGAACCGCCAUCCAAGAGCCAAAAAUUGGAGACGUCGUCCUAAUACAGACGCCUACAGUAAAAAUCGGCUCAUGGCCAAUUGGAAAAAUCGUGGAAUUGUCUGGCCGAGCUGCCAAAGUUUUCCAAGGCAAGACAAAUCGAAUCAUCGAACGUCCUCUGAAGAAUCUCUUCCCACUGGAAUGUGCUGCUGAAGAAAGAAGCGAACUACCAGAAACGUCAACACCCUCGCCUACGACGAAAACCUCACCAGAAGCCGAAAGUCCUGGAACUUCUCGGAGAAAAACAAGGUCGAUGGCAAUCGGAACAACUUUAACACUUUUUGCCUUGAUUACCAUGGCAUCAGCUGCUGGGAACACCGACAUGCCUAAACUGAUGCAAAAACCAUCCAUCUGGAGCUCCUUCAAGAACUUUGUGGAAAAAUCAGGCAUGAUCCUCGCUAUCAUUCUCAUCCUUGUUGUCAUUCAAGCUCUGGCUACAAGCAUUAGAGGAGCCAUCUUCGUACUCAGGUUUUUCUGGAUCUUCGCCCGAGCUCCUCUUCGUCUACUUUUCUACACGCUGGCAAACCUGUUCGAGAGAAUUCGCAGAAGACACCGACCAAUUGAAGUCAUACUCCCACGCUACAGAAGACUCCAACUUGCGCUGGCAAUGAUCAUCCUCUUGCCGCUCGUCGCGACCUCGUCAUGCGGUGACGUGGCUUCCAUCACAGCGAAGGAGGUUCAAUGUGAGACAGAAUCUGGUAUCACACGAUGUUCCGUGACGACAAACUCGCUGUUGGCCUUGAAGCCAUCAGGAAGCACCGCCUGCGUCAAUAUCACAAAUUCUGACGAAGCUGUUGGGCAGCUCUCAAUCCUCGCCCACCACAUCAAGUCGUCCUGUUUAAAGGUAUCUCGAUACUUCACACGCGACUACAAACUGAUGACCGACUACUCUCACCGUUGUCAUUGGGCAGGUUCCUGCAAAGAUACUGACUCGUGUAGCAAAGUGGGGAUUGACGAGAAGCUGCCGGAGCUCACAAACGAAGCCAAGAUGUCACCAGGUUUCACACGAUGCACUGCUGGUUGCGGCUGCAUCACUUGCUCCGGCUGUAUAAGCUGUACCCCGAGUUGCAUCUUCUUCCGGAAUUAUGCAAAGCCGACUUCUUCGCACGUCUACGAGAUCUUCCAAUGUCCAACUUGGGAUUCCGUGGUAGAAGUCACCGUGACCAUGAACGGAGAGAACCACACGGUUCGUCUACGACCAGGGAUCAAAGAGAAACUGAAAUAUUUCAAUGUUUCCUUGACUGCAACCUCGUUCUCGCUACCGCCUACACCGAUUCACUCCAGCACUUUAAUUCACAAGAUAAAGUCGUCCACGAUGACUUUUUCCCUCACACCUUCCUCUUUGCCGGGAGGGCCCCAAGAAGGCACUCUUGGAGAUCUUCAAUGUAAAACACUCGAAGACGCAGAAAAGUUCAAAUGCUUCUUCUCUGAAAGGGCCUGUCUUUGCACGGCUUUAGGAAAUGCUAUUAACUGCCGUUGCUCAUCCAUUUCGCUGGAAAGGUUUUUUAAGAAGAAACUUCCUCAACAUGCGGAAAAUUUCGUGAUGGAAAACGACAAAAUGGGCAACGUUUGGACCAAAAUAAAAGCUCAGUCUGUCGUUCAAGUCCAACUAGAAAUGGAAAACGCUACUUUCGUGAAGAUCAUCGACAAGGAGAAGUGCAAUGGAGUCGUUAACGCCGUAGAAGGAUGCUUCAACUGCUUCGAAGGCGCUCGUAUGAAGAUCUUCUGCACCUCGACGACUCGCCAAAAAAGGACAGCCUACCUCACCUGCGGAGAAACAACCAUGACCCUGAUCUGUGAAAACUCCUAUGAAAACAUUGUUUACUUCAGCCACACUAACGAUAAGCUCAACAUCACUUGUUCAAUAGAUUGUGGUGUUAAAACUGAAGUAAACAUUGUUGGAAAUCUUGCCUACGAAGGUAUCGAAAAGGAUAUUGUUCUGGAAGACUUUGUUUCUACAUUUUCAAAUGUAUUUAAUGAAUUUCCAAACUUACUUGAACUAUCACUCUCCUUUUUAUGGAACUCUAUUUUUUCAUUAGGAAAAAUUUUUUUCAUAGUAAUCCUUUUCAUUUUUUUAUUGUUCUCUUAUCUUAUAAGUAUUUUUUUAUUCUAAAUGCUUCAAUACUCGCCACGUAAAACUAAUGUGAACUUUUUGCUCCUGGGAGUGUCGCGAAAGCGAUCCUUUUCUUUUCCCAAAAUUGUCAAUUUGUUCCCAUAGAAUAAUUAUUGUGUGGGUGGUUUUAACAUAUUUCUGGGAAACGUGGGAUUUUUUUCGUCCUAUAAAAGGGAAGGGGAAAAACUUUGUUGGACUUUCGUUGUCUCGACUUUUGUAUUGAAUAAAUUUGGCUUCUUCCUAGUUUGUCAAUUGGUUCUUUGACAACUCGGAAAAAAUGAUUUUUUUUUAGAUCAUGCACCGAGAAUCAACAAGAUUAAAAAGAAAGUUAGAGACAGUUAAUUCGAAUGUUUGCAAAGAAACAUGAUGAUGCGGAUAUUUUUGAGGGUUGCCAUCUCUGAAAUGAAUGGAAUUUCCUAAAAAAAACUUGGCGAAGUAUAGACAAAGACUCGAUGAACGUAGGAAUUAUGAAUGAAACAUCUUAAACGUUUCAAACAUUUGUCGCAGUAAUUAUUUCCCACCCUGAAGCUUCAUAACUCGAAACAUAAAGUUUUGAUAGAACCUUCUGCAUGAAAAGAAACGGAUUAUUGUACACAAUAUUAGAAUAUUUAUUGCACUCGGAUACAUAAAACCGCAUGAGUUCCAAUUAAAAAAACAUAGUUGAAGCGAAAAUUUAGGAGAGUGAAAUGAGCACAGGUUUUAAUAAGAUCUCACGAGCAAAUUCACCGCCGUAGAAAAUGAAAUAGCGGAAUUUCGUGAUUUUUUCCUCUGAAGUUUGAGUUGAAUUUUGUUUUGGAGUCAACGGCAAGAAAAAUCGAAAAUGCAUAUAUUCAAGAUACAUAUGCAAUAAAAAAAAAACUGCGCCAAAAUAAUACGCUUGAUGAUUAAAAAAAAUGGGAAACGCAUUGCAAUACAACUUUUUCUGCAUGAAACAUUGAGCUUUUUGCUAGCCUCGCUCACAAUGGUUUGCUGAACUCUUCGAAACUUUUCUAGCUCUUUCGAAAAUUCAAAACUUAAUUUCUAAAAAAAAUUAGAGCCAAACUUUUUUUUUGAAUCGACUAGAAUGACUCAUAGCAGAUAUGGUCGAAGCAUGAUUAAUCAAUGUUUCUAUUAGUUCUUCACACCGACUAUUCUGAAAAAUGAAGAAUAAUAUAUUAACGCUUCAGAAAACCCAGUGAAAUUUUUUACACGAAGAGCAGGAAAUUUCUGAAAACUUUUUUAAAGUUUCGGUGAGAUGUUUUUUCUGCUUUUACAGGAUCUACUUGUUUCAAAUCAAGUUAAGAAGUAAUUUUCGAGCUUAGCCUGUUUUAUUUCGCGAUUUAAAGCUAUUUUCGCAUUUCGCCUACAAAAAAAUAACUUUUUCCUUUCAUUAGGAGACUUGGGUGCACAAAAGUUGGUAGCAGUAUGAAUUACACAAAUAAUUUCAAAUUGAUCAAAUAUGUGCUCAACUAUUUUUCAAUCAUUUUUUUAUUAUCUCGAUGAGCGUUUUUUUGAAAAUAUCAGAGAAAGAGAGACUACGGCGCUCUAACGAGAAAAAAAACGUGACAAAGGAAGGGCGCCCCACGGCACACAGACGCCUCAUGCAAAUUAUUCGAUAAACAUUUUUGAAUUAAUUAUUAUAAGGUUGCCGUGAACUUUACCACAUUUUUUCAAACUCAGAAUCAUCAAAUAAGGGUUGGAAAUGUCAUAUCAUUCGGUCUUUUAUGAAUUUCUUGGCUUUGGAUUUGUUUAGAAAAGCAACUAAAUUUGUUGUUUUUUAAGAGUUGUUUUUCGGACUUUCACUAAAGAUGCUCACUCCUUUUUGAAAAAAAGAUUGAAAAUCGUUUUGAUUAUUAUUACUUUUUUUGAUUCGCCUUUUUCGUUUUUUAAUCACAUUUUUUGUAAUUUUUAAACAACUUUGAAUAGUAUUUUUUUAAAUGCAAAACUGAACUUUUCAGGCAAGAUGGGUGUUCUGAGCAUUUACUACAACGCUCACCCGGAGGAAGAGGAAGAUUCUGCUAAUCUUGAAAGGUAUGUAUUUGCUAGAAUUAUGUUUGUUGGUUCAUAAAAAAACCAUUUCCCUUUUUUCUUUUUUUAUCGAUUUUUCUGUUCACGUUCAUUCAUUUUUCAACGGAAAAUUUACUAGUUCUUGUCAGAAAUUUAACAUUUCAUGGAAAGCUAUUUCCAAUAUUUUUUCAGUGCGGAUAGCUCUUUCGAGUGGCUGGAGGAACUGGAAGAGGGAUUCGCCGAGCUGAACUUCUUCCCGUUGCCUGAGGACUAUCUGGACGAGUUUCCCGGAGAAGAAGCAGCUCUGGAAGACAUGGAAACCGUUGAAGAGCCAAGCGAUAACAUGUUCGAAAUGGAGCCGGUGGCUCCGUUAGUGCCGUCUAACGAGCCGAUUUCUCUCGACGACAUUCCGAAGUAUGAGCCUCCAAAGCCCAACUUCGUGUUCGUCGGCAACCAACUCGUUAUGGCGAAAGCCAACAACGACAACAACAACAACGAGGGUCUUGGAGCCGACAACGAGGAGGCCAACGAGAGCCGCAAGCGUCCGGCGACUACGGAGAUCGAAGGUUGCCCGAAAAAGAAGAACUUCGAAAAACCUUGA